AUGGUUGUUGAUACACAUCUAUACGAUCUCCUUGGUGUCAAGCCCGAUGCCAAUGAGCGCGAGCUCAAGAAGGCUUUCAUGAUCAAAGCCCGUGAACUUCACCCAGAUAAGAACCGCGAUGAUCCACAAGCCACAGAAAAAUUCCAAGCCGUUAACGAAGCUUAUGAAAUCCUUAAGGACCCACAAAAGAGAGAAACAUAUGAUAGAUAUGGUCCAGACGGCCUCAAGGAAGGUAUGGGCGGAAAUGCUGAAGAUAUUUUCUCCCACCUCUUUGGUGACUUUGGUGGUUUCGGCUUUGGUGGUGGUCGUCGCCAGCAACGUCGCCAGCGUACACAAGAUGUUUUAUACGACAUCAAGUGCACACUUGAAGAUCUUUACAAUGGAAAGGAAACAACACUCAAGAUCAAUCGCCAGGUCAUCUGCCCUAAGUGCCAUGGCACAGGCUGCCUUGAAGGAAAGUCCUCAACAACUUGCAAGGACUGCCAAGGCAGAGGCCAGAGAGUUCAAGUUGUCCGUAUGGGCCCAGUGAUCACACAGCAGGUCACAACAUGCACAACAUGCAAUGGUAAAGGUCAAAUGAUUGCUGCUGCAGAUCGCUGCAAGGCUUGCCACGGAUCUAAGGUUUCUCAAGAAGAGAAGAAGGUUGUUGUCCAUGUCGAACGUGGUAUGGAAGAUGGCGACCGCAUUGUUCUCCAAGGUAACGCUGAUGAAGCUCCAGAUUGCGAUACUGGUGACCUCAUCGUUACAGUUAAGGAGAAGAAGCAUGAUACAUUCAUCCGUAAGCACGAUGACCUUCUCAUCAAGAAGAAGAUCACACUCACAGAAGCUCUCCUUGGCACAAAGUUCAUCAUUACACAUCUCGAUGGCCACAAACUCGUUGUUUCAACAAAUACCAACGAAGUCAUCACACCAGGCCAAAUCAAGGUUAUCGAACGCGAAGGUAUGCCAUGCCGUGGAAACGCUUACGAACGUGGUCGUCUCUUCAUCGCUUUCGAAGUUGAGUUCCCGAAGGCAGCAACAUUAACAUCUCCACUUCGUGAGGCUUUGAUGAAGUACCUCCCAGCUCCAGAUGAGACAAAGGGCUUCAAACCAGAUGAAAACACAUUCACAGUUAACUUAAAGGAUGCUUCAAUGAAAGAUUUCGAGAACGCUAAGAGAUCAAGCAGUGGACGCUCUAGAGAAGCUUACGACUCUCGCGAAGAUGAUGAUGAUAGAUAUGGCCGUCAACAAGCAUCUUGCCAACCAAUGUAA